AUGCCGUCGCAGCAGAAAGCCCUCGUCCUCGAGUCUAAGUUCGGGACGCUGGCGAUCAAGGACAUCGAUGUGCCAAAACCUGGCCCACAUGAAGUCCUUCUUCGCGUGGAAGCUGCAGCUCUCAACCCCGCCGACUGGAAAAUACAUGUGCUGGGUGCUCUCAUUGAGACGUACCCGUGUGUCCUGGGGUCGGAUGCAGCGGGGACGAUAGAGGUACUUGGUGACGCCGUCCAGGGAUUUGCCGUCGGCGACCGAGUCCUGGCCCAGGGCUGGUACGAUCUACCAAAGAGGGCCAUCCAAGGGACGUUCCAGCAAUUCGCGCUUACCCCAAUUCACAACAUCACAAAAAUGCCAUCUAACCUCUCCUUUGAGGCCGCGUCCACCAUCCCCAGCGGCGUCGCGACGGCGGCUUUCCCGCUGUACAACGAGGCUGAGGGUGCGCUUUCUGCUAGACUGCCUCCUCCUUGGGAAGAACGCGGGCGUGGCAAGUUCGCCGGAAAGCCCUUCUUCGUCCUCGGCGGUGCUUCCUCGAUGGGCCAGUUCGCCCUCCAGUUCGCUCGGCUGUCCGGGUUUUCGCCCAUCAUCACCACCGCCUCUCUCCACAACACCGAGCUGCUCAAGUCUCUCGGCGCUACACACGUCCUCGAUCGCAAGCUCUCUCCAGAGGCUCUGAGCAAGGAGGCUCGCGCCAUUGCCGGCGGGUACUUCGACGUCGUCUACGAUGCCAUUUCACUUCCCGAUACUCUGGAGGCGGCUUACGAUGCCACUGCGCCCACCGGCGAUCUCAUUGUAGUCCUGCAGACGCCCAUCCCUGGUGCAGAGAAGAACUCCGCGAAGAGGGUACAUAUGGCGCACGGCGUGUUCAACACCGAGAUAAACCACGCGGUAAGCAAGAGUCUCAGGGAGAAGCUCCCGGAGUUGCUCGAGAGCGGCGCGAUCAAGCCCAACCCGGUUGAGGUCCUGAGUGGAGGACUCCGCGGCGUGGCGGGAGGAUUGGACCGCCUCCGUAACAAUCAAGUGAGCGGCGUGAAGCUGGUCGUGAAGCCCCAGGAGACGGUGUGA